AUGGCCACGGCACAAAGACUUCUCAUCACUAUGUCCUGCGACGCCAGCGCUCACCGGACGUUGCCUGUGUUCCUUCUCCUGGGUUUGCUAGCCGGGAUUGCUGCCACACACCCAGUUGUAAGCAGAACUAAUGGCACAUUGCUGGAGAGAGGAUGGCAAUCUCUGCUGUCCAGGUCCAUGGCUGGGAUGUCAGGGGAGAAGGCAGAUGUGAACUGGGAGAGUGACUAUUUGCUAGGAAUCAAGAGGCAGCGGAGGCUUUACUGCAACGUGGGCAUCGGGUUUCACCUUCAAAUCCUCCCAGACGGAAGGAUAAGCGGAGUUCACAAUGAAAACCAAUACAGUCUCUUUGAAAUAUCCACUGUAGAAAGAGGUGUUGUAAGUCUGCUUGGUGUGAAAAGUGCUCUCUUCAUUGCAAUGAACAGCAAGGGCAGGUUGUAUGGGACGGCUGUUUUCCAAGAUGAGUGCAAAUUCAAGGAAACCUUGCUGCCCAAUAACUACAACGCGUAUGAAUCCAACGUUCACCGUGGUGCUUACAUAGCCCUGAGCAAACAUGGCAGGGUGAAGAGAGGGAGCAAGGUUUCUCCUGCCAUGACAGUGACCCACUUCUUACCAAGAAUAUGA